AUGCAGAAUAACCGCAAGAAGUAUGGCCUCAAUCUACCUCCAAAGAAAAAGCCGGCCAAAGAGAUCAAAGUUGUAAACAGUCAAAUAAACCAAACGGCGGCCAGUAAACAGAUUCAAGAAGAAUAUGAAAAGGCUCUCGCCGAAGAUCAUACGGCCUUUAUGUAUGAUGAGGUGUAUGAUAGUAUGAAGGCCGCUGAGAAUAGGGAGUUAACGCUUACACAUAAUGUUGAACAGGAGAGAGCAAGGGCAAACAGAGAAUUGAAAGAUAUACUGCUAGCUGCUUCACGUAGACAGCGAGAAUUAAUGCGAAUACAAGAGCGCAAAGCCCAGCGAGAAUUAGAGGCUGAAGGUGAAGAACUUCGAACGACAGAGAGAUUCAUUACUUCUGCAUACCAGGCUCAACUUGAAGAAUUAAAACAAUUAGAAGAGGAAGAGAAAAGACUAGAACAACUGGACGCUCAGGGUCAGAAUAACUUAACUCACUUCUACCGUAAUUUGCUUGAGCGAACUAGCUCCGUAAAGGAAGCGGCAAUUCGUGCUAGUCGGGAAACUUCCGCUCCAGUAAGUUCAAUUCCAGUUUCGACAGAAUCUGAUGAUACAGAAAAGACGGACAAACAACUGGCGGAACUUGCGCGCGCGGCUGGUAAACAGGUCGAUCUGAAUGAAGACGAGGAAAUCAUCGAUAAACGACAACUAUUAUCUGCCGGGUUAAACGUUGCAGCAAAGAGAUCACCCUCGCAAUCACAAUCCAAUAGUAAUAAACCGGGAGAGUCAUUCUUUACUCGAAUUGGUCACGAAAAGGACAGAACGACGAAAGCAAGGCAAGAGGAGAUUCUUCGACGCGAGAAACAGCAACGAGAACUGCAAAGGCAAAUCCGUGAAAAGGAAAAGAGGGAAAGAGAAGAAGAGAAAACAAAAGAGGAGGAAUUAUUGAAAAAGUUUGCUAAAAAGAAUGACGAGAAAGCUGUCUCUGACGCCAGAGCUAGAUAUCUGGCCAGAAAGAAGAAAGGGAAAGACUAA